AUGGCAUACCACGGAAUAACAAGCGUAGAACAAAUUCCCGUUGAGGAGGACAUAAGGAGGGAGAAGGAAUUUAACCAGGCAACCACGCAGUACGCAGAAUUACUGCAGAAACUCUCGUAUGCACACAUUCCACUGAUUAUUCACCCCGGGAAGAGGGUCAAGUCAAAAAAAGAAAUGCGGCAAAUAGAGGAAAACUUAACGGAAUCAAGAAAGCCCCAGAAAGUAACUGCAUUUAAACGACCAUCAAGACAAGAAAGAAGAAAGAAGUCACAAGUAGAAGAGAAAAUAAAAAAUGCACUCUCAUCAGCAGAGGGCACAGAUGGCAAGCCCAAACAUAAAAAGAAAGAACGGGCAGCAGUAAAGAAGGCUAAAAAGCAAAGACUCGGGAAGAGUAAGCGACAGAAGAUGUCUCACGCACAGUAAGCACCAGCAUAAUAAACAGACUGCCCAGUACCACCAUAAUAAAAUAAAGCACAC